UAGUAAGAGGCCGACCGACCGACCGACCGUUCGUCCUUGCUUGCUUGCGAUCCAACUGGGGAAAGUACCCUCUCUCCUCCUCCUUUUCCUUCUUCCAAUUGUCUAAAACUGAGCUUAGGAGUUGGAGUUGGGUUCUCUCCGCGAUCUGUGCUGUUACUCCGGAGAUUUCUACCGAUUUGUAAACGACCUCGGCCAAGUCCCAAAACAAACCAGUGAAGGUUGGUUUCAACUCCAGCGCUUGAGAGGAAAACACUAGGAUAAUGGUGGUGGGUUCGUCUUUGGACAUCAAGCAGAUUUGGAUGCCAACGGAUGAUGAACCGACAACUCAAUACCAACCAGACCAUCUUUAGAGUUAGUGUGAGGAUAAUGAUAUCCCAACUGAACGCGAAAGGGUUAUUGGAUAUUGGACCAACUCGUGCUUGGUUUCUCUUGGGAGUGUAUGUGUUCCUCUGCUUGGUGGCUCAAUCAUGCUCCUCUACAGCUGUUGAACAAGACUCGACCAUCAAGCCCGGCAACCAUGCAGUUUCCGAUCUGUCUUCACUUCCUCCUCCUACCCCUUCGCCUCUUCAUCGUGUGGAUGUCCUUGAAUUGCUCAAAAACAUCAGCCUGGAAGGCGUAAGUUAUCGUCCGGGUCCCCAUAGUUCCACACCCGCCGUCUUUUUUCAAGGUCAGGUCCCGCCUCGAGCCUUCUUAAAUGCUCCCGAGACAUUCAAGCAUGUGAUCCGAUCGGUCAAAAAAGACUUCACUCUUUACACGUCACUCAAGCAAAUAUCGUCCAAUGUGGGGACGAUUUUCCUUCUGACCGCUUCGUUUCCGCCUCCGUCAUCAAAUGGCGUGUUUAGCCAAGAGCAUAGAAUCCUGGAGGUUCAAUCAUCAGGACGGCGAGGCGAACUUCGAAUGUUUUAUCCCGCAUUUUUGUCCCCCAAGUCGUCCUCGUCGCCAAGGGGGCUAUUUCUUAAUCAAUUGGCUGUGGAAACUAUCCCUCUGCAGUUAGCUGACAACCAAUGGCACAAGUUGGCCAUAUCCGUGUCUGGGAGUCAGAUACAAGUCUUCCUUGAUUGUCAGUUAGUCCAUCAAAGUGUGAUAUUUCCUUUGGAUUUUCGAGUUUUGUCCGGUCAAAAUCUAACCCUGUACGUAGGACAGCAAGACUCGCACAACUUUCUCUUCAAGGGUCACCUCCAAAACCUGCACCUGGUCAGUGGUCAGAACGGCCACAUUUUACAAUGCCCCCAUACACCAGUUUCAUGUCCAUCCUGUGGGCAGUUCCAAUCACUUCAAGCUACCGUCCAAACUCUACAAGAAACCUUUUCUCAGCAAAUACUGGAUCUCAAAACCAAGCUCAGUCAAGCGGAAAAUCGCCUUUCGCAAUUGGAGGAGUGUGAUUGUCCCAAAUCCUGUCGCGCUCCAGGAGGCCUCGUCAGGGAAGAUGGGGCCUCAUGGAGUGAAGGCUGUCAAUUAUGCUCGUGUGUGAGAGGACAAAUUGUUUGCCGGCAACCGGUUUGUCCCAAGUUGAAUUGUUCUGAUCCUCGGCCAGCUGAUCCCGAAAAUGAAGUUUGUUGUCCCACGUGCAGAGAGAAUUGCCGUUUAUCCGGUGAGCUCAUUGCUCAUGGUACCUCUCACCAACCCACCAUUAAGCCCUGCGUGUCUUGCUCGUGUGAUGACGGCCGACUGCAUUGUCAUCGAAUCGAAGACAAGUGCCCACUUUUGACUUGCUCCAUUGAAGAACAAAUCUUGGAGGAAGGCAAAUGCUGCAAAGUUUGCAAAGCUGACCAUUGCUCUCGAGGCCACGAUUGUCAUCCCAGUGCUCAAUGUGUAAACGGACAUUUUCAUUACACAUGCCAAUGUCCAUAUGGUUUUAUUGGCGAUGGUCGGUCUGCUUGUCAAGAUAUUGACGAGUGUCAGAUCGUGGGAGAAACUCCUCAGCAACAUCAUUGCACUGAUCCAAAUACGACUUGUGUUAAUACUCCGGGAUCUUAUCGAUGUGAAUGCAUAUCGGGCUUUAAGGCGCAAGAAUCGUCCUCGGGAGAAGCAUUCACUUGUGAACCCAUUAACCCAUGUUUGAAUGAAGACGGUGACAGCAGCAACAGCAACACUAGCAACACUAAAGUAGAAUGUCAUCCGAAUGCAUCUUGCACCCCGUCAGGCCCUGGUCAGGCCAUUUGUGAGUGUUUGCCUGGUUUCGUGGGUAAUGGCACAACCAUUUGUGAACCGGAAUGUGAGGAUGCCUGUGAAAACGGAGGCUUGUGUGUUUCGCCGGGAGUGUGUGAGUGCCUCCACGGCUUCACUGGAGCUCAGUGUCAAGACGACAUCAACGAAUGCAACUUGGAAGCAGAGCACCACGGGUGCCGAGCUCAUGCCGAAUGUGUCAACCAAAUUGGAUGGCACUACUGCCAAUGUCUGGAGGGCUAUACCAACUAUCAAAAUCCUGAGCAUGGUGGACAACUUGAAUGCGUGGACGUGGACGAAUGUGAGCAUGGGCUCCACACCUGUGAUUCAAAUAGCCAGUGCGUCAAUACGGAGGGUUCUUUCAAGUGUGUUUGUCAAGAUGAAUCUGUGUGUACGGAUGCCUGUGUGAUGGGUGGUAUGAUGUACAAGAAUGGCUCUAAAUGGUGGUCAGAUGGGUGCCAAGAAUGCCGUUGUGAAGCUGGGCGCAUCCAUUGCGAAGCAAUUCAGUGCCAUUGCCAGCAAGGUGUGAGCUCAUCCGGAUGCUGUCCUCAAUGCUCCCAGAUGCAGCCUUGCAAUAUGAAGAUACAGGAUGAAUUUCAAACCUUCAAAUCCGGUGACACGUGGACAUCCGAUUGUCAAGCAUGUGAAUGCAUUGAUGGUCAAGUUGAUUGCUGGGAUCCAACAUUAAGUGCAAAAAGCUCUGAGCGAGUACAAUUCCCCACGUCUCUCCUGAACGAGACAUUUCUGUCCCAAACUCUGGCUUUGACGAGGGUUUUAGCCAUGAACCAAGGCCUCCCUUCUUGCAAGGCCAACUGUCAUGUCGGCGGAAAUAUGGCUCUCUGGCGAGCACUUGAAGAGAUGGCCAUUCGAAACUUGGAACAAGCUCCACAACCCAACUGUGUGCACAACUCUCAAGGCAUUGCCCACGGAUUCACUUGGAUGGAUACAAAUUGUACCCUUUGCCUUUGCGAGAUUUUGUCCUCUCUUCCCAACCACUGUGAUCAAUUGGUGAGAACGAUUCCACUAGGCCUCAGUCUGACGAAUGCAAAUGUCACUACACCCACUGGGUUCAUCGCUUCUUCGUCUGAGUUAGCGAUUCAGAUCCUUGGCUUUCUUGGCACCAAUCACGCUUACUCCUUGCCAGCCUCAGUCCUCAAAACCGAGGCUGCUUCUCGCACAGCCGUUGCAGCUGCUUCUACCUCGACCGCUGCUUUGGCGUCUACGUCCUCUGCUUCCAGUAUUUUGUCGUCUUGUCCCUGUGUUUUUGAUCACUUUUACCAUAAUUUUGCCUCUUUGGUUUCGUCAUUGCUUCUGACUCUGCAUUCAUCACCAUUUUUGGUUCUACCGUUGUCCUCAUGGACGUGUCAUCUUUCUCAAUGACCUCAACGAAGUGACGAGAACCUUCAUUGGGGAAUUGGGGAAACUAGCACCAUUACGAACAAAACUACCACCACCAAAAGCAACAAUAACACGCAGCCCUCAAACUCUUUGUCGAGCCCAUUAUUGUGUGUGUGUGUUCGCACAUUGCUCUUUUCAUUUUAUCUCCAAUCACUGGUCAUCGAUUAAAAGGGGAAUCCCAGUAAGCAUGCCAGCACCUUGACUUCCCCACGGGUACCCUUUCAGACAGGGAGAAUCAAAUUUACAAUCCGCAUCACCAAAAAAACCUCGUGAUCAUGAAAGAUUCACAUCAAACCAUUGCUGAUUUUUGAAAGAGCACUGAACUGAGUUGUGAGACGGUGAACUUGCAAUCAAUUUUCCAAAAAGAGUUUUUCGACAACGUUGCUUUGGGAGGGUUAUGGGGAUUUUUGAGGAGUUGUCAAGUGAAUUGAGCUUUGCCUGAUUUUCUUGACUCCCAACCUUUCGGUCUCAUUGCUUGAAUAAAUGAAAGGGCAGGCAGGGUCUCAAGAGCAUUGAACCACAAGACCAUGGACCUUAGUGAUUGGCUGGCUUUCAUUGUCACUGGUCGUUAAGCUCCAUUUUGUGGCACAUUGGAAAUAUUUGUGAGUGGUGCCAGAGCAAGGACUGUUAGAGCGUCGUUUUCGCAGAAUAAUGCCGUCUGCGGCAAAAAUGUAAGUAACAAAAAAUAUUGAAGAUUGGUUUUAAAGUGUUAUCUGGAGCUUAAUAGUGUGGAGUGAUAGACGUGUCGCCAUUUUGUUGGCAUGACCCUGUACACUCACAAAUAACGAAGAGUUACCGUUCCCUCAGAAAAUCGUGGUUGCUAUUAUGGUCCUGGCAUAUUGUAGGAAAUUUUUCCACGAUAGGACUCGUUUGAUAUGAAUUUGCCCUUCACGAGAUCGGAUGAUUCCAGUUUUAUUGCAGAUAAGGAAUUCAUAAUUUUUUUUAUCGGGCUCUUACUGGAUUUGACUUUAUUUAAACAAAAUUAAGGCAGGAAGUUGGUGCAUGCAGUCUUUGCUCUCUUUAAGCUCUGGACCCACAUUUUAUCAUUUUAAUACUCUGAGCUCCCACAAUUUCAGUAGUAUCUAGGGUUGAUGAGAUAUUAAAUCAACAUCUAUUUACGCUUGUUCUCACCAAAGAGUUUUGGUUUCCACUCUUUGCCGUACUGUUUGUGUGUUUCAUAAAGCAAGUCAGUGAGGCUGAACACCUUCCUUAGUCAAAGUCAAUAAGAAGCUUGCUAAAAAACAGAAAAUGAUAACAGGGUAUUUGAUUACUCAUUUCUUUGGAGAAGGGAAUUUUGACGCUAUUUGUCAUAUGAACCAUAAAAUGGAAAGUACUUCAAAUGGGAGGAGAACUUUGAGGCUAUAUUGCAUUGAACUACUACUGAGCUAUGUAUGGUAAAAGAUGAGGAAAAGCAAGAUGAGAGACAGGAUUUUUGAAUGUCGAAUAAUAUUAAAAAGUGAAGAUUUUCUGAAAAUGAAUGGAAUUGGCCCCGAAACAAGAAUAGUUAGGGAGUCUGAAUUCAAAGCUAGUAAUAGUUCGCACCCGAAUGAUUUGGAUUGUGGUUCAGGUCUAUACCGAACCGAGUCGUCCUAACAUGAGGUUCUUGUUUUCAUGUUACAGAAUGGGUCUGUUUAUUGUGCUGUCCAAUCGCUUUGUCUCCAUUUACGAGGGGACCAAAGACUGCAAGGUCCUACUGCCCUUCUUCCGCCCGAUCUCCUGAAUCUGUCAUUGCGCUCAUCAACAUCAUUAGUUAAAGCUCUUGUC